AUGAAUAACAAAUUAGGUGGAUAUGAUACAUAACUUUUUACAUAUAUUGAUGAAUAAUUUGAAUGCUUAAUAUGUUCAAAUAUAGUACGAGAUCCAAAAGAAUGUAAUGGCUGUGGAUCUUUGUAUUGUAAAUGUUGUAUAGACGAUUGGUUGUAGAAAAAAAAAGAAUGUCCUAAAAGAUGUGAUAUGAGUCUUCAUCAAAUAAUUCCGGUUUAAUCAAAAGCAUUAUUAAGAAUAUAUAAUAAUUUAGAUAUGAAAUGUCCCAAUAAUGAUUGUGAGAAAUAAAUAAAGCUCAGUGAUUACGCAUAACACGAAAUAAUAUGCAAUAGUAAACAAUGUUUGAACUUUUAAGUAUGCAAAAAUAAGGAAAAUUAAUAAUUUGGUAAUAAAUAGAUAUGCAGUUUGGAGUGUGAUCUUUAAUAUUAACUUUUAUAAUAGUUUAAUAAACAAGAAUAAUUAAAAAUAAUUUCAUAGUUUUUAAAAAAUUAAAUAUAAAAACCUUAAAAUGAUAUAAACUAAUAAGCUUUUUAAUAAAUUCCUUAAAAAUCAUAGAUUUAACAAUAAAGUAAUAUUAUUCCCUAAGGUUUAGUUUAGCUUAAUGAUUAAUUAUAAUGGAAUCCUAAUUGUUCAGGAACUGGAAUAAAACUAUAUAAUAAUAAUACACAUUGCUGGCUUCAAGAAAGUUCUUAUAUGUUUAGAACCAUAUUAGCAGAUUAAGCUUUUUAUUAAGGAGCACAUUAUUGGGAAAUUCAUGCUGACGAUAGAACUGAAAAUGAACUUAAAAUUGGAGUAAGUAUAAAAAAAGAUUUCAAUUAUAAUAGUGCUUUUUGUGAUUUCGAGUAUGGAUUUGCUUUUUAUGGACUUGGUCAAUUAAGGCAUGGCUCUAAUGCUUCGGGCCCUUCUUUUGGUUAAAGAUUUAAAAAAGAAGGAUAUUUAGGUAUUUUCCUUAAUAUGAAUAAAGGGUAACUUUCGUUUGCAUUAAAUGGGAAUUUUCUUGGAAUAGCAUUUACAAAUGAGGUUUUAAAAAAAGGACCAAUUUAUCCAGCUGUUUCUCUUUUACAUUAAGCUGGAUGCAAAAUAAAAUCAGGUUUGCCUUUACCAAAUUAUUUUCCUGUAUGA